AUGGCGGCCACUAAGGGCAAUUCUGGGCAUGUCCCCAUGGUUGACACCUACGCCGACGAGGCCCCGCCUUCAUACGAUGCUUCUCACCCCGACGCGAAUCGAUCGGCAGCGUCAGGCUCCACGGCGCCUACCACGAAUUCCCAACCCCGAACUCAUCACAUGAACACCGCCGCCCAGCCCCAGCGCAUCUCUCGCCCCUCCGGCCGGACCCUACCCAGCGGCUACGUCGAGAUCCCCGAGCCAGCACAGACUCCGCCGUUGACGCGCAAGGGUACCGCGCCGCCGAAGACAUGA